CGGGGAGGGUUCGGCCCGGCCCUCGGGGGCGGGCGAGCCCCGGGGCUAUGAAAGGAGCCGCGGUCACGCCCGCCCCAGAGCCGCUUCCCCGCCGCGCCGCUCCGCACCGGCGGCCGCCCCGGAGCCGCUGCCCUCACCAUGAACAGAGGCUUUUCCAAGAAGAGUCACACUUUCCUGCCUAAAAUAUUUAGAAAAAUGUCUACUCAAUCAGCGAAAGAGAGACCGGAGAGUUUGCAUUUCCCGUUCCUGGAUGACGAAGACACCAUCUCCACACUCAAAGAAUCCAAAACCUUUUUCAUCCUCCGGGGCCUGCCUGGCAGCGGGAAGUCCACCCUCGCCCAGGCCAUCCACGAUCGGUACAAAGAUGCCUGCAAGGUCAUCUCUGUUGAUCACUAUAAAAUUACACCGUCAGUAAGAAGCUCCAUUCCCGAAGAGUACUCCAAGGUGGAUGAGGAUCUAGUUGACUAUUGCAAACGGGAGAUCAGCGUCAUUGUGCUGGAUGACACUCACCACGAGCGGGAGCGGCUGGACCAGCUCUUUGACAUUGCUGACAAGUACCGGUACAAAGUCAUCUUUGCUGAGCCCAAAACCCCGUGGCGCUUGGAUUGUCCCCAGCUAAAGGACAAGAAUCAAUGGAAAUUAUCUGUGGAAGAGCUGAAGAAGAUGAAGCCAAGCUUGGAGAAGGAAUUCCUCCCCAUGUAUUUUGGGUGGUUUUUGAGCAAAAGAAGUUCGGAGAUCCUGAGGAAGACUGGCCAGGCAUUCUUGGAUGAGCUUGGGAGUCUCAAAGCCUUCAAAAAGGAGAGUAAAUACUUUCCUUCUGUUGAAGAUCCCAAAAUAAAAAUAGAUCUCACCAGCUACUUUGUGAAGAGGCCACCUGGAGUCCUGCACUGCACCACGAAAUACACCGAGUUUGGCAAAGCAGCCGGAGCCGAGGAAUACGCGCAGCAGGAAGCAGUGAAGGCUUCCUACGGCAAAGGCUUCACCCUCUCCAUCUCGGCGCUGUUCAUCACCACAAAGACUGUCGGGGCUCGCAUCGAGCUGAGCGAGCAGCAGCUGCUGCUCUGGCCCGGGGACGCCGACAAGAUCCUGGCCACGGACAACCUCCCGCGGGGCAGCCGCGCCCACAUCACCCUCGGCUGCGCCAACGGCGUCGAAGCCGUGCAGACCGGGCUCGACCUGCUGGAGUUUGUGAAGCUGGAAAAGGUGGGGAACAAAGGGGAGCAAGUGGGGGAAAUCGGAGGAGGGAAGCUGCUGUAUUAUGGUAAUGGUAUGUGGAUGCUUGUUCUGUCUAAAAAGAUCGAUGUGAGGGCGAUAUUCUCGGGAUACUAUGGGAAGGGAAAGCUUGUGCCAACGCAGAGCACCAACAAACGGGGCUCUGCCUUUACCUCCUGCACCAUCAUCUAGGAGCACAGGCAGGGCAGCUCCUCGGUUUGAUUUUAAAAGGCAAGUAACUCCUGUAACCUUAAAAGUGUAAAGAGAAAUAAUUCUACCUUUACUAAAGUCAACCCUCCUGCCCGCCCCAGCGUGAAGCCUCUGGGGAGUUAUCGGCCUCAGAAAAGGAAGAAAACAAGCAACUUCUGACUGAAACUGUCAUGUAUUUUAAUUUGGGUUUUGGAGGGAACCAGCUGGGGUGUCCUGCUUGUUUUCUUCCUUGGAGAAGGAUCUGGGGCUUUUAUUGCUUCCCUCUGAACCACAAUCGUUCGAUCUUUACCUGUUGGCACUGACCAAAGCCUGUCAGUCGCUGGUCUGAAGCCAAGGGAACUGCAGGAUGUCCCUCCCCUACCGCACCCAGGGACUGACAUUGGCCAUUCUGGCAGCUCAUACAGGGUCAGAACUAGCGUGGGUCACUCCUGUCACGAGUCCUGUCCCUACCAGGACAGUCCCAAUCGCAGGCCAGUCCCGCAGCUGCCCAGUGGGCUCCAUCCCAGCUCCCGUCCCUCACAGCAGAGAUGCUCUGGGGACAGCCAGGAGGAGGGCACUGUGCCAGGUUAUGUCUUAAAGAAAUCCAACCAUGAACUUUGGGGAAAUCAAGUGAAACAUCAGGACAGGGAGCCAAUUCCUGCAAAGCGGCUCCAGCCACUUCCCUCCACCUGGGCUGGACCAAGCACCAUCCCAUGUCCUGUAGGGAACAAUCCUGCCUUGGCAGGGAGUGGAAGAGAUGAACUAACAUCUUUUCCAUCUUAUUUGAUAGAAACUAAAAUCAUGUCUGAAGUACACAACUGGACUUCAUGCAAGAUUUUACUCCCUUCCUCUAAUGCACUUGAAUGUUAAGAGUUAGGCUGGAGUAACCCCGUAGUGUAGGAAGUGGAGGCACCGUAACCGUGUAACUCAACGUCUGCUCAAACCUAAACCCUGGCUGGAAGUUACUGACCCAGCACUUCUGUCAUUAAAUCUGUUUUAUUGAAACUUGGGUUUGUGCUCUGCCAGGCCCUGGCCCAGCACGGCAGCGGCUCCUGGGCAUUGUUUAACACAAAGCUCCACUAACAGCCCCAGGUAAGGUCCCAGCUCGACCUCCUGCUCUGGCUCAGGGUCUGGGGAGCAGCAGAGUGACACUAACCCCCACUAACACUGUAAAUACUGACUGUGUUUGAGGCGUGGGCUGGGCUGGGGCUGGCGCUGGGCACAGCUCACCCCCAGUCCAGUGUUGCUGGGGCAAGGAGCAUUUCUCCUCUGAAUGUUGAGGCCAAAAGCAGGGAGAGCUUUGGUGCUUUUCUGGUACCAAACACCCUACCAUGAAAGCAAAAUACUUCCUGCUGUUCAGAAGCAAAGGAUAAGAAUAAAUUGUCAUUAUAACAUAAAAUAGCGAGCUGUAAACCCACCCAGAGCACCAGUGACCCUUCAUGGAGAAACCCCUCCAAGCUUCUGCACUGGCAGCAGCCGAGUGCCCAACGCUCAGCCAGGGCCUCUCCUGCCAGAACCUCAAGGGUUUGUUCCACCAAAGCUCUUCAAGGUAUUUGCCAGCACCUGCUCAGGGGCCAGCUGAGCCCACACCCCCAGUGCCCAGAUCACUCCAGCACCGGAAUACACAGCUGGAAUCUCUCCUUCAUCUGCCUGUUCAAGAACAACAGUGACACUGUCGUCGUUUGAGUUUUUAUUAGUUUGUACAUCAUAUACAGUUUAUAAUAAAGUAAAACCGAUUGCA